AUGAAAACAGGAUUUGAUCCGACCUAUCCUAUUCACUUAAAUGGAAUUAUUGGCCAAGAUGAAUUUGAACAAUCCAUCAGUCAUAUCAAUCGUGUAUUAUUUUCAACUAGAAUACUUUACAUCGUUUUCGGCCUAAUUAUUACGUUGUGUAUUGCCGGUGGAGCACUCCUACAUGGCACUAUAGCAUUAAUAGUUGUUGGAUUUAUGUUACUGGGUCUUUCCUUGUUUAGUUUAUUGAUUGGAUGUCAAGUGGUUCAGUCACGUCGUGUUAAUCGAAUGAGACAAGCUGUUGCUGAAGAAUCAAAGAAAUAUUCGAUGAGAUCACUGACACCGUGUAGUUGGCGAUUGAACGUCAAUAGAUGGUGGUCUAGAGGACGUGGAGGAGGUCAGCAUAUUAGCUAUCGGUUAGUCAUUGAAAUUGGUCAAAAUACUGCAAUGAAUUCAAAUCGUAUUCCUUCUCAGCCAACAUCAUAUUUUCCACAACAGAACAAUAUUCUUCCUCCACCCUAUCCUGGUUCUGGUGCAGGAUUUUGUUCUCAUUGCGGUGCACCAAGACAAGCUCUUACGACAAAUUUUUGUUCGUCAUGUGGCCAACCAUUUAACAAAUAUUAA